AUGUCAGAUGAAGUUGAAUAUCGCUGUUUCAUUGGUGGCCUCUCAUGGUCAACCUCAGAUCGAGACCUAAAAAAAGCAUUUGAAAAGUUUGGCCAUCUUCUCGAUGCAAAGGUGGCUGUUGACAAGUUCUCUGGACGCUCUCGUGGCUUUGGAUUUGUCUCCUUCGAUGAAAAGAAUGCAAUGGAAGAGGCCAUUGAAGCUAUGAAUGGGAUUGAUUUAGAUGGCCGAACAAUUACUGUUGAUAAAGCAAGGCCGAACCAGGGCUCAGGUAGAGAUUAUGACAAUGAUCGCUCACGUGACCGCGACCGAGGUCAUGGUCGUGGUCGUGAUCGUGAGUAUGGAAGCGGGAGGGGAUCUGGUGGUGAAGGAUGCUUUAAGUGUGGCAAACCUGGACACUUUGCUAGAGAAUGCCCUGAUGAAGGGGGUAAAGGCAGUAGGUAUGGGAGCAGGGAUGAUAGGUAUGGUGGCAGAGGUGGUCCUGACCGUAAUGGAGAUCGAUUUGGAGGCCGUAACAGGGAUGCUGGUGGCCGUGGGGGAGGUGAUCGAUAUAAUCGUGAUCGCUCUGGGCCUUACGAUCGCCGAGGAUCUGGGGAUUUCUGA